AUGUUUUUGUUGAAAUAUCUGGUGUCUGAAGAGGAAUACACACACUGCUUUCUGCAAAACCCUCAUUUGGUUGGCUCAUGCAACAACAAUACUCAAGACGUUACCAUAACCGUCGUGUUUCGACAAUUCACUCCAACACCCGGAGGAAUGGAAUUCGAACCUGGGAAAACGUAUCAUUUCAUCACAACAUCGGAUGGCACUUUGUCUGGCAUAGAUCGUAGGAAGGAUGGAUUAUGCACGGAUCGGCAAAUGAAAGUCAAAUUUGAGGUUGAGCUCCCCAAAAACGCACUACAAAAAGUGAACCCAAAAUUUGCUGCCCGAACGUCUCACAGAGAAGCCACAGCAGAGGCAUCCACUCCUAUUAUGUACAUAAUUCAUGUAGAUGGUGAAGAUUCCGAUGAGUUAGACGAUGACCAAGCCACGACUGCAUUCUCAUCAGCGUUGCCUAUUCUUCUGUCGCUGUGCCUAUUCUACCUCAUCUAA